AUGAGUAGCAAGUGUAGCAGUCUGUCAAGUACAGCUGAUCUUCUGGCAGAAAAGAGAAAGCAAAUCAGCAACAUCGCACUAGCUGCAAUUGAAGGUCAUUUGGAGAGUGAUUAUUUUACAGGAAAACAGUUUAGUUACAAAGCAACUGAUCUUGCUUAUUUCACUCAAUACACAAUCUCAAUUGCUUGUUUCAACAGUGAAGGAGUAUCCGAUUUUACACAAAUCGUAGUAACAACAGAAGAGGAAGUUGCUGUCAUGCCACCACCUAACAUCCGCGCCAUUCCACACAAAUCCAAUAAAAUUGAGGUAUUCUGGGAUUUGCCAUUAGCAGAGAACGUACCAGGUAUUAUAAGAACAUAUACCAUCAGAUUGCAAGCAAUAUACGAAGCAGAGGAUUUAACAAUUGGAUUGGGUUCAACGCCAUCUAGAAGGCGGAGAGAUACGUCCUGUUUGGUUUGUUGUGAAGACCAGUAUUGCGAUGGAUUGGAUUUUUCAAUGCACAACAUAACGGUCCAUGGAGCUAAUAGUACAAGUUUCAACAUAACUGGUUUAAGAGGAGACACGGUGUAUAAUAUCAGUGUUUCUGUUAACACUAAAUUUGCUGGGUUAUUUAGCUUCCCUAUACAAAUUGUUACACCACAAGGAACACCAUCAAUGUCUGCAUACAAUUUUACGUGCAAAGCAGUGAGUCACAGUUCACUUCUACUGCAAUGGAAACACUCUCCUCCGGCUUUUCUAGAAGGUAUUCGAACGAUAUAUAAGAUUUAUUACCAACUUCGGAACAAGGUAGUGACUGAAAUUGACGAACCAUAUAAACGAAAUAUGGAGUUGUUCUUCUUGAAACCAAGUACAACAUACACUGUAUGGAUAACAGCUUUCACAAAUGCAGGGGAAGGUGAACCAACAACUAAAAUUAAUUGCACAACAUCGGAAACUUUUCCAAAGGCGUACCCACUGAACUUAACGGCAACCAGUUAUCACUAUCCACAUUCAAGUUUAAUACAAUGGAAUCACUUGGAAGAUGAUCAAUGGCUGGGUUUUAAAGCAGGUUACACUAUUUUCUUCUCAAAAUUAUCCACAGGAGAAAUAGGAGUUAAUGGACCAAUUACCGAUAAUUUUACAGAGGUGGGCUAUACCACAUCACACGUAUUAUCAGAUUUGGAUGUAUAUAGUUCGUACAGAGUUCGCAUAGCUGCAAGAACAAAUGCUGGAGUUGGUAUAACAAGUGAUUAUGUAAUAAUGCACACCUGUCGCGUUCCACAAGCAAAGUUGAUUCUUAAUUACAUGGUAUACCCACCUUACGUCGAUUAUCCAAAUGGACACAAUUUGCGUCCAGAAGGUAUUUUAAUAGACUUAACUGAACAAAUGCUGUUGACAUGUGCUUACAAUUGCACUUCAUUCAAUCAAAGUGUUUACAUCUCUUACAACUCCGUUGAUUUGGAAUCCUUCAGUGAUAUCAAGAAUUUUACUGUAAAUGGCACUGGAUUGCAAAUGCCAAGAAUGGACACUGGAAAACACACAUACGGUUACUCGCAUAUAGCGAUAGUCACUACGCCUGGUUUUGUACUGCUUGAAGUUCCGGAUGAUGCAGUAGAAGCUGCUACUAAAGUGGAAUUAAAGCUAUUUCGUGGCCUUCUAGAAACAUUGCCGUUGUGUGGGCUGUUCUUUCUGUUGAAUGCCUUGUUUGGCGUUCUAUUUUGGAUUUGUGAGCCAACAAAAGUCGAACACAAAGGACGCGGAAUAUCUAUUCGCGGAUUAUUUGAAGGAUUAUAUUUAGCUGUAAUGACAAGUACCACGGUUGGAUAUGGUGAUAAGGUACCGCAGACUAAAAGAGGACGCAUGUACAUUGUUAUUUGGACACUACUUGGUUUGGUGCUAACUGGAAUUGUGGCUGGUAGUCUUUCAUCCGUUUUGUCAGUAUCAGUAAUCUUUUCUUUCUCCCAAAACUUGCCUGAAGAUAAGAUAUUGGCAUUGUAUGGAACAUCAGAAUAUGCCUAUGGGAAGAAAAAUGCUAAAGACUUCGACAAACAUAAACUGUACCGAUCUUAUGAAGAAGUGUUGUCACCCUUGCAUCAGCAAUCUGUAAAGUACGCCUUGGUGGAUAGGUAUGUCGCUGAAACACUUAAGCAUAAUAUCUCUGCCUAUGGCUUGUCUGUUAAAAAAGCUUUCAAUGUACCAACUGAUUUUGGUGUGGCUGCAUUUGGUGAGAUGGAAAAACUAAAAGUGUGUGGAAGAAAAUUUGCAACAGAUAACGCCUAUAUUUCCCACGCAGCUAUUGAAGAACUGUUUAAGAAAUACAGUGUAGUCAAGACAUUAAAGCCUACCGGUAACACACCAAUAAUCGAUAUUAUCAGCUGGCGAGCAAAAAUGUAUCAAUACAUUACAAAAAUUUUAUCGGUACUUUUCCUGGCGUUUAUUGUCUUUGGUCUCAUUUAUGAAGUAUUUAGAAGAAGACGAAUAAGAAAUCGAAGAAGAAAAAUUUGCACAACUCUAGAGUUAAAAGAACAGCUUCAUAAAGAGUUAAAAUUCUUGGCUCAGGACACAAUACAAGAAUUUCGCGACAUGAUUGAGCGUGUGGAUGAUUUGAUUAAAAAAUUGAACUACAAACAUGGCAAAGAAUUGUUGAAGAUGCGAGCAGAAUUGUCAAAAAAGCUUGGCGUCAAUUUAAAGUAUGUAAAACCAAGUGAGCUUGGUUUGCCGCUGGAAAAGAUUCUGGAAUACAAGGAAGAGCUCAAAAAUAAGCCCAAGGAACCAUUUUUCGUUAAAGUAAGGAGAUUUCAGGUUCUGGUUUUUGGUUCGCUUGGGCGAAUCUUUCCAUUUUUCAGGCAGAACUAAUGCUGAACUGAAAAUAAAAGAAACAAUAAUUGUAUAUAAAACAGUUUUAACUGAACAGAUAGUAGUAUUGACUGCUUAACUAUGUAAAAAUAACGUCAACACGAUAUUUUACGUUUUAAUUACUGCACAAUUAUAUAACUAUAGACCACUGAUUUCAAGAAAAGGAUAAGUCCGUGACAAUAUUAGUUUACAUUCCGUAAAGUACAAAGCCAGGAUAUACAUGUUA